UUCGGUCGUGAGAAAAAAAAAAAAAAAAAAAAAAAAAAGGCGUCUCGUCAAGAAAGAUAGGAUGGCCCUGAAGAGAGUGAUGAUGUCGGUCGGAAAAAUUGAUUGAUAACGACAUAAUUCACAAAGUCUGAGGCUGUCGGUUACCGUCAAACGAACCUCUGCCGAGUUUAUGGGAGUACCGAGUUUGAAAAAUAACGGUCAACUUCGCGUAGGCUAAAGCCGACUUGGACCGAGCACAGCUGUGGCCAACGGUUGUAGCUAACCGCCAGUCACCACAACAACAGAGGAAGGAGAGCGGCCACCAGCCCUGAUCGUACCCCGGGACAUCGAGGUGUCUUCGGGCAAUGGAAGUGGAAGAGUUUGUACCUCCUCCGGAGUGUCCAGUAUUCGAGCCGUCAUGGGAGGAGUUUCAGGAUCCCCUGGGCUACAUCGCCAAGAUACGUCCGAUUGCAGAGAAGUCUGGAAUCUGCAAAAUUCGACCUCCACCAGACUGGCAACCGCCGUUUUCAGUGGAGCUGGAUAGCUUCCGCUUCACACCCCGCAUCCAGAGGCUUAAUGAGUUGGAGGCGGAGACCAGAGUGAAGCUUAAUUAUUUGGACCGCAUCGCCAGGUUUUGGGAGAUCCAGGCAUCGUCCUUGAAAAUCCCACACAUUGAAAGGCGCAUCCUCGAUCUGUUUAGCCUCUCAAAGAUUGUGACGGACGAAGGAGGUUUUGAGAUGGUCUGUAAGGAACGGCGCUGGGCUCGCGUGGCCCAAAGACUUGGCUAUCCUCCAGGCAAAAACAUCGGCUCUCUGCUGCGCUCGCACUACGAGAGGAUCGUCUACCCUUUCGAAAUGUUCCAGUCUGGUGCCAGCCUGCCGCAUUGCAAGCCAAAGCAUUAUGAUGGUGAGGAUGUGGAUAAAGAGUACAAGCCCCACUCCAUCCCCCUGCGACAGUCCGUGCAGCCCUCCAAAACUAGCAGUUACGGACGCAGAGCGAACCGCUGCCAGCCUGACGGUCCAGAGGAUCUGGCCCCCCAUCCUCUCACCACUGGCUCUCAACUCAUCUCUGCGCCUGAACCCACAGAGGAAGAUAUUGAGAAGAACCCAGAGCUGAAGAAGCUUCAGAUCUAUGGCGCCGGACCUAAGAUGAUGGGACUUGGACUGGUGGCGAGGGACAAAGGCAUCAGGAAGAAAGAUGAGCUGCCUCAGACGGUCACAGUCAAGGAGAGCGUUUCUCCUGCUCCUGCUGACGCCUCCGUCAAAGCAGAGCCACUGGAGUCUCAAGAGAGGCAGAGUGACGGGAGCGCGUCUAACCCUCAGCCGCCUCCCCCGAGCGUCACAGUUAAGACAGAAGUGAAGAAAGAAGUGGAGGCGGGCGUGAAAGGGAAUGACGAGGAGGAAGAUGAUACAGAGGGACCAUGUACCAAAAUGACCAUGAGGCUUAGACGCAAUAUCAACAACCCGCAGUGUGUGGAUUCGUUUGUGUGUCGGAUGUGCGGUCGGGGAGAUGACGACGACAAACUCUUGCUGUGUGAUGGCUGCGACGAUAACUAUCACACCUACUGUCUACUACCCCCACUCACUGAUCCUCCUAAAGGAAACUGGCGAUGCCCAAAGUGUGUGGCAGAGGAGUGUAAGAAACCUGCAGAAGCAUUCGGCUUCGAGCAGGCUACACGCGAGUAUAAUCUGCAGAGUUUUGGGGAGAUGGCGGAUACCUUCAAGGCAGAUUACUUCAACAUGCCUGUCCAUAUGGUUCCCACUGAGCUCGUGGAGAGAGAGUUCUGGAGGUUAGUGAGUAGCAUCGAGGAAGACGUGACCGUCGAGUACGGGGCGGACAUACACUCCAAAGAGUUUGGCAGUGGCUUCCCAAUGAACAAUGGCAAGAGGAAGCUCACGAAGGAAGAGGAGGAAUAUGCCCGCAGUGGCUGGAACUUGAACGUGAUGCCCGUGCUGGAGCAGUCCCUCCUGUGCCACAUUAACGGAGACAUCUCCGGCAUGAAGGUGCCCUGGCUUUACGUAGGCAUGGUGUUCUCAGCUUUCUGCUGGCACAUCGAGGAUCACUGGAGCUACUCCAUCAACUACCUGCACUGGGGUGAACCCAAGACUUGGUAUGGCGUUCCCUCUGUGGCAGCUGAGCGGCUUGAGGAGGUGAUGAAGAAGCUGACGCCAGAGCUGUUUGAGUAUCAGCCUGACCUCCUUCACCAGCUGGUCACCAUCAUGAACCCCAACAUCCUCAUGUCUCAUGGUGUGCCGGUCGUUCGUACCAACCAGUGCGCUGGAGAGUUCGUCAUCACCUUCCCCAGAGCCUACCACAGCGGCUUCAAUCAGGGAUAUAACUUUGCUGAGGCGGUUAACUUCUGCACUGCAGACUGGCUGCCUGCCGGCCGUUCCUGUAUUGAGCACUACCGGCGUCUAAGGAGGUAUUGUGUGUUCUCCCACGAGGAGCUCACCUGUAAAAUGGCGGCCAGCCCAGAGAAACUGGACCUCAACCUGGCUGCUGCGACACACCGGGAAAUGUUCAUCUUUGUUCAGGAGGAGAGGAAGUUACGGAAGAGUCUGAUGGAAAGGGGCAUUACUGAAGCAGAGCGCGAGGCGUUUGAGCUGCUGCCUGACGACGAGAGACAGUGCGAUAAGUGCAAGACGACAUGCUUCCUCUCUGCGCUGGCUUGUUCGAACUGUCCCGAGCGUCUGGUGUGUCUCUAUCACACUCAGGAUCUGUGCAACUGCCCCACUGAAAAACUCUACCUCAGGUACAGAUAUACCCUGGAUGAGUUGUUAGCCAUGUUACACCGAUUAAAGGUUCGGUCCGAGUCCUUCGAUUCCUGGGCCAACAGAGUGAAAGAGGCACUUGAGCAGGAAGAGGGUAACAAGAUAGGAAUUGAUGACCUGGAGUUGCUGAAGAUGGAAGCAGCAGACAAAAAGUUCCCCGACAACGAACUUCUGCGGAAGCUCAACACUGUUCUCAAAGACAUUGAACACUGCAAAAAGACAAGCACUGAACUCCUCAGUGACUCACAGAAGAGUGAAAGUAAGAUGACACUGGCAGAGCUGAAAACGUUGGUGGAGACGAUGCAAAACCUGCCCUGUGUGAUGACGCAGUUGGAGGAAGUGCAGGCGGUUCUGCAGACGGUGGAGGAGUUCCAGGGCCGGGCUCAAGAACUGGUCAAUGACAGGGACUGGAGGCGGGACUCUCCACCACCUGAGCAGUUGCAGACUUUGUUGGAGCAGGGCGGCAAGCUGCCUGUCGUGGUACCGGAGUGCAGUUUACUCCAAGGCCUAAAGGAGCAGGGCCACUGGCUCGCAGAGGUGAGGCGCACCCUGGGCACAGAAGGAGGAGAGAGGCAGGAGGUGACGCUGGACGUGCUGAGGAACCUAAUGGAAGCGGGCUGCAACGUACCCCAGAGCGUGUCAGUGGAGACGGCCAUGGCAGAGCUUCAGGAGCUGCUCACGAUUGCAGAACGUUGGGAGGAGAAAGCACAGAUCUGCCUCGAACAAAGGCAAAAGCAUCCACUUUCUACCCUGGAGGCAAUAGUAAACGAGGCCCAGCUCAUUCCAGUCAAGCUGCCCAACAUUCUGGCUUUGCAGGGCUGUCUCACACGAGCACGGGCCUGGGUGACAGACCUGGAGGAAAUCCAGAAUGGGGAGCAUUACCCCUGUCUGGACGACCUCGAGGGUCUGGUGGCCAUCGGAAGGGACUUGCCGGUCUUCAUGGCGGAGCUCAGACAGUUGGAGCUGCAGGUAGCCAGCGCUCACUCCUGGAGGGACAAGGCCAGCAAGACCUUCCUGAAGAAGAGCAGUCCACACAGUCUGCUAGAGGUAUUAUGUCCGUGUGCAAAAAGGCGAGAGAGGCGAGAAGAGACGGAGCUGUUGGACGAGCCUUUGGAUGAUUCUGACACCAACACUCUGGGCCUCUCUGCCCAGGACCUGAGGGACCCUGCAGCUAUUGUGAUGGCGUUCAAAGAAGGAGAGCACCAGGAGAAGGAGGCACUACUGAGGUUACAGAAAGCGAACAUGUGUAAAACUGGACUUAACGCUACAAGUCGCAAAGAGGACAAGGAGAACGGGAGGUGGGAGGACAGCAUGGAGACGGACUCAUCCAGCCACUCAGAGAACUCUGUAAAAGAGAACGGUAACCACACCUGCACCACCCCUCCUCAGUCGGUGUGUGUGUGCGCCAGUCAGCCUCGUACCCCUCAACUCCGCUGCCAUCUGUGUAAGGACUGGUUCCACGGUGGCUGCGUUCCGUUUCCCUCCCUGCUUCCUUCCUCCGGACCUCCGGUGAACCCCCUCUGUUGGUGGGACUGGGACUCGCGCUUCUUGUGUCCGCGCUGCCAGCGGUCGCGGCGCCCGCGCCUGGAGACUAUUCUGGCGUUGCUCGUCGCUCUGCAGCGGCUACCGGUGCGUCUGCCCGAAGGAGAAGCCCUGCAGUGUCUCACAGAGAGGGCCAUCACCUGGCAGGGCCGAGCCAAGGAGGCGCUGGAGACACCGGAGCUGCAGACGGCGCUUGAGAGGCUGCAAGAACUCAAAGAGACUCUCCGUUAUGAAAAGGAGAAAGAGCAAGACGCGAAAAAGGGGACAGAAGGGAGCUCGGUGAUUGUUUUAUCGGACUCCGAGGGAGGGGAAGGAGAGGAAGGAGUCAUCGAUCUGACAGAUUCACCUAAAAAGAACAAGGAAAGCAACGGCACUCAGGCUGGAUGUGAAAACGGCAUCAGCAAGAAGUCAAAUGUUACAGGUGUGGGGACUCUGCUGCCCGUGCUGCCUUUGCUAAAAGGCCAGGUAGUGGAGCUUUCCCCAGCCACCAGGCUCCAGCUGGAGGAGCUGCAGCUCGAAGGAGAUCUGCUGGAGGUGUCCCUGGACCAGACCCUCCUCAUCCACAGAGUCCUGCAAGCUGCCUCCGUUCCAUCCAGAGAAACGUUGCACACGCUCAUUCAGAUUGAGCUUGAAGAGCAGAGGCGAACCGGCCGCGGACGAGCUAAAGACUCCAAAAGGAAGAGGAAGAGCCACAGAGGUGGCGGCAGCGGUGGGGAAGGGGCAGGAGCAGGAGAAGGGUCGCUGGAUGCCUCGGAGUCGAAGAAAACCUGUCCCCUCAGCCACAGCCCCUCACCUUACUUACCUGUCCAGACCAAUCCAGAGGUUUUGUGAUACAGUCAACGCUGGAGCUCUGUUUGAGUGGAUUCUUCAGAGGAAAGGAAGGGACAGAGCGUUCUGUGCCAGAAGACAGUGUCAAGUUAUAGAAAGAUGCAGGACAUCCCCCACACACCUCCUCAACACCCUACGUCCCUUCUCAUCCCUCAUUCAUGCAUUCAGACACUAACUAACAGAGUGAUGACUCUUCUUCUACACUCCACUGUCUCAUCCAAAACUCAGCCAUAUCUCACCUCAUGGGUUGCUUUUUUUUUUUUUUCCCUUCAGACUCGCUGUCUUACCCCCCAGACUUUAUUGACCACCUUCCCCUGGACCCAUUUUUCCUGUGAACAUAUUAAGACUGUGUUGGAGCGGAGUGUCUUUGGUCUAGAGUUGUCUCUGAGGUCAGUCAGUAUGCUAUGUUAUCCCAACUGUAUUAAAUGCUAGUUCAGCCGAAGCCCCUCUCGGCAGCUGCAGUUUCAUUUCACACGAGCCCCGCUCUUCGUCGAAGUUGGAUAAGCUAUGGGGUUUUUACUUAAGACAGUUCUGUUUUUUGGACGUGAAUCCCCGAAAGCUGAGGUACAGCAGAAAGUUUUGAACAGCUGAUCUUAGACAACAGCACCGUGGUUACACGUGUAUUUUUUUAGUUGUAUUUGAAUCUUGUGUUUCGAUGCAGUUUUUUGAGGGGGGACAUGCAUUUUGACUAAACUGAGUACAUUUCGGGAAGUGUUAAAAACAGGCAUUAAUGUUUUUGGUGCUACUUUCCCAAAAUGGAUAUCUGUACCUCUUGGCUUUGUCUUUCCUUUUUUCUUUCCCUCCCCAUGAUUUUUUAUUUUUUUUUUUGUUUUGUUUUAAA